AUGGCCCUCACCUACAACCAGAUGAAGCUGGUGAAGGGCACAAUUCCUACAUUGCGGGAGCAUGGAGAACAUAUCUCUACGGUUUUCUACAAGACAAUGCUCAAGGACCACCCGGAGCUCAACAACUACUUCAAUGCCGUGAACAUGAAAAGCGGCAGGCAGCCGCGCGCCCUCACCCAGCUCAUACUGGCGUAUGCUUCUAACAUCAGCCACAUCAGCGAGCUCACACCCAAGUUUGAGCGCGUUGCAAACAAGCACGUCAGCCUCGGCAUACAGCCCGAUCACUAUGAGAUCGUCUGCAAGUACUUGAUGAGGGCGUUUGCUGCCGUCCUCGGGCCUGCCAUGGACACCGAUGUGCGUGUGGCAUGGACCAAGGCAUAUUGGAUUAUGGCCAACAUGUUGGCUGGUAGAGAGCGGCAGCUCUACCGAGAGCACGAGAAUUGGAAAGGCUUCCGUCGCUUCAUUGUUGACAAGAAGACGCGUGAGACGACUGAGGGAGAUAUAGUCUCUUUCGAGCUUAAAGCUGUGGACGGGGUCCCCUUGCCAGCUUUCAUGCCAGGCCAAUACGUGUCUCUGCGCGUUCGUGUUCCCGGAUCCGGAUAUCUGCAAAUUCGACAGUACUCCCUCAGUGAUACACCUCGGCCCGACCGUUACCGCAUCUCCGUGAAAAGAAGUACAACUGGGGAUAGCUUCUUGGGAAUCAUGGACUAUUCUAAGAGGAAACAGGGCGUUGUAUCAAACUUGUUGAUCGACGAAAUUAUGGAAGGUGAUGUCCUCGAACUGAGCCAUCCUUCUGGCGAUUUCUACCUCGAUACCAGCAAUGACUCGGGCUCGACGCCAUUGGUGUUUAUAUCUGCAGGGAUCGGCGUGUCCCCGAUUCUAUCAAUGUUAAACACAGUGACAGAGAAGAACUCAACGCGACCAAUCACAUGGGCUCAGGGGUCGAAGCAGAGCAUUCCUUUCGAGGAGCAUGUCAUGAAGCUGGCAAAGACGAGGCCAAAUAUGAGGACGACUUUCUUCAACACAGGGAUGGGCAACAAAGACCUCGCUGAGUCGACCGACAGCCUUGGCUUCGGCUACUACCUUGAGUGGCUUAAAGAAGAAGAUAUGUACUUUAGCAACAGGUCGACCGAGUACUAUAUCUGUGGCCCAGAGAGAUUCAUGAAGGACAUUUCAACUUAUCUUGUUACAAACGGCGUUUCGUCGGCGCAAAUUCGGUACGAACUGCAUUCCGUUGGUUCCUUCGAGUUAGCUCAGGAUGCUUAG